AUGAAGCCUGGAGGCCUAUGGAGACACGAUAGUUCUACCUCGGAUCGCUCUUGGUGGGUUGUUCCCAAUCGCUCAUUCAAAGCUAGCUACCGCCAUAAAAUUACAGGCGCAAAGAGCCACGUUGCUACUGACAUGUUGGGCGGUAUUCUCGCUGAUGAUAUGGGGUUAGGCAAGACUUUAACGAUGGUCGCUGCUAUUGUGUCCAGUGUUUCAGACGCUGAAAGCUACGCGAAUGAUAUGUCACAGAACACCGAAAUGACGCAAGCGGCCGGCAAGAUUCCAGCGAAGUCAACACUUGUCAUUGUACCCUCUUCUUUGAUUCUGGACGGCUGGGUUGAAGAGCUUGAGAAGCAUGUUGUCUCCGGCAGCUUGACGUAUUAUAAGUACCAUGGACCAAGUAGAAGCCUGAACACAUCAUCAUCCCCGCCCUAUCAUAUAGUGAUCACAACAUACGGCACUAUAAUGACGGAUUUCAAUCGUGGAGGCGGUGCUCUCAAUCAUUUCCGCUGGUAUCGUCUAGUGUUAGACGAAGCUCACGUUAUCCGGAACUCGUCCACGAAGACGUUCAAGGCCGUAAUGAAUAUUUCAGCCGUAAUACGCUGGUGUAUGAGUGGAACACCGGUUCAAAAUUCAUUGGAUGACCUUGAAUCACUGGUGAAAUUUCUCCGCAUCCCGGUUCUUGAUGAUUCGUCAAUAUUUCGCAGAUUUAUUACUGGAACAAGCCUCGCAGGGAUCACCGCCCCCAAACCAAAUUAUGACAAUCUUCGCGUACUUCUGGGGUCGAUAUGCCUGAGAAGAAAUACGUCCAUAUUGCCCGAGUUGGGAGUUUCUUUCCAGGUACACCGCCCCGCCUUGUCAGAGUCCGAAAGGCAAGCCUAUAAAGCUUUGGAAACUGCUUGCAAGGAACGCAUCAAAGCAGCUGUUAAUUUCCAAAGAGGGAAAGGAGAGCCUAGAAUCAUCUUAACCGCCAUUCUCCUUCUGCGAAUAUUUUGUAACACUGGCAUUAACUCAAUGUUAACACUCGAAAAUUUCGUCGAACAGUCCCAGACAGAUGAAAUCUCCAGCUUAAAGCUGCAAAGUGGCGACACGGUCUGCAUGGAGUGUAACACAGACAUGCCUUUAUUGGCCACAAACUGCACGGCGAACAAAAGGCACCUCCUAGAUAGUCUAAUAUGUCACGAGUGCAUGUCUCGAACUUCGAUACCAGCAGGUCACAGAAGCUCUUCAUGCGACCUCCUUGACUCUGGUUGCGAAGCCGCCAACGCCGCCCAAGGCCAAGAGCAGAGCGUUUCUACUGACAGCUCCGUGGAAACACCCCAUACCUGUCAAGCUCCAUACCCGUCGAAACUUAUGGCGUUGCUUGCUGAUAUUAAAGAGCAUUAUAGCGAAGAGAAGAGGUUCGAUAAUUUACCAACGAAAGGACUUGCACCGCUAAUGCCUUUCAGCAUCGUUUUUUCCUACUGGAGACGCAGUCUAGACCUCGUGGGCCGUCUUUUUAAUGAGGAAGCCAUCGCUUAUUGUCGGGUAGACGGAGCUGUCCAUUCACCACAGCGCAAGAAGGUGCUUCAGCAAUUUCAUGAAGACCCGUUAACACGCGUCCUCUUGAUAACCCAAGGUACGGGUUCGGUGGGUUUGAACAAGCUCUCAGUGGCAAGUCGGAUCCACAUUCUCGAACCACAGUGGAACCCGUCAAGUGAAAGUCAAGCUAUUGGUCGUGUGCUACGUCUUGGCCAGGACAAAAGAGUUUUUGUUGUCCGAUACAUAGUGCAAGGGACAAUUGAAGAGGCAAGUUCAGGCCGUAACCCGACGCCAAGUGGAUUUAGAAAGCUGACGCAGUAA